AAAAAGUAUGGCUAAACUUCUUAAAAAAAUACCUGUGUUGGCUGAAAAAAUAGCUGAAGAAGCUCGUCCAAGAAUAGCAGUUUUCGUUAAAUAUGCUAAAGUCGAACUUAUCCCCCCUACCCCAGGUGAAAUUCCAAAAGUAGUUUUCGGAUUCGGCCGUUUGGUAAAAGCAGCAACAACUUUUUCCUGGAGAAACCUGACUGUCAGAGAAGCCUGGUUAAAUACUCUUGUGGCCACCGAAGUUGGCUGCUGGUUUUAUGUUGGUGAAUGUAUUGGAAAAGGGCAUAUUGUAGGUUAUAAAGUUUAG